GCAGUAGUGGGGUAGAGGCUGGAUUGUGAUAGCGACAGAUGUCUAAAAACUGUGAGGGGCACUCCUCAGUUAGCCUACAACACAGUCCCAGACUGCACCUCGGAGAGCAGGGGCGGAAUCUGCAGCUGUCACUCCAAAGGUUUACCUCCAUUAUCACAUCCAGCCGGAGCUUGGAAAAGAAGCCCAAGUGAUCACUCUCUAGAAAUACAGGACACACCAUGGGAGGCAAACUGAGCAAGAAGAGGAAGGGAUAUGAUGUGAAUGACCCCAAAGAGACGAAGGAUGAGACUGCAGCGACAGGUGCAGGUGCAGAGGAGUCUGCUAAAGUGGAGGCCGUAGCCCCACCCACAGAAGCUGAGUUGACAGCUAAGGCAGACAUUGUGGUAGAAGAAGCUAUGGGGUCAGCUGUAGCAGAAGUAUCUGAAGCCGUAAAAGCUCCAGAAGAGCCCAAAUCUGCACCUCCAGAGGAACCAGCUCCUGCAGCUCCAGAGGCGGCACCUUCAGUAGAGGAACCAGUUGCAGCAGCAGAAGAACCAGCUCCUGCAGCUCCAGAGAAGGCAGCUCCAGUAGAGGAACCAGUUGCAGCAGCAGAAGAACCAGCUCCUGUAGCUCCAGAGAAGGCAGCUCCAGUAGAGGAACCAGUUGCAGCAGCAGAGGAACCAGCUCCUGCAGCUCCAGAGAAGGCAGCUCCAGUAGAGGAACCAGUUGCAGCAGCAGAAGAACCAGCUGCAGCAGCAGAGGAACCAGCUCCUGCAGCUCCAAAGAAGGCAGCUCCAGUAGAGGAACCAGUUGCAGCAGCAGAAGAACCAGCUGCAGCAACAGAAGAACCAGCUCCUGCAGCUCCAGAGAAGGCAGCUCCAGUAGAGGAACCAGUUGCAGCAGCAGAGGAACCAGCUCCAGCAGUAGAGGAACCAGUUGUAGCAGUAAAGGAACCAGCUCCAGUAGUAGAAGAACCAGUUGUCACAGCAAUGGAACCAUCUCCAGCAGUAGAAGAACCAGUUGUCACAGCAAAGGAACCAUCUCCAGCAGUAGAAGAACCAGUUGUAGCAGCAAAGGAACCAUCUCCAGCAGUAGAAGAACCAGUUGUAGCAGCAAAGGAACCAUCUCCAGCAGUAGAAGAACCAGUUGUAGCAGCAAAGGAACCAUCUCCAGCAGUAGAAGAACCACCUGUCAGCAGUAAAGGAAUCUGUUCCAGCAGCAGAGGAACCCACUCCAGCAGCAGAGGUGCCAGCCCCAGUAGUAGAGGAACAAGCUCCAGUAAAGCUCCCAGAGGCUACAGCAGCAGCAUCAGAAGACCCUGUGCCAAGUGAGGUUGAACCUGAGUCUGCAGCUGCACCUGAAGAGCUCCCUGUAGAAGAACCUGCUGCAGCUGUAGAAUCUGUGCCAGAGCCAGAGGUUUUUCCGGCUAGCACAGAGGAAGCACCCAAGGACCAAGAGCCAGAGCCCAUCCCAGAGACUGUUACUGAGCCAGAAGUCACUGUGGAGGAGACAGUGGUGCCUGCUGCUGACCCUGAACCCGAGCCGGUGGCUGAACCAGCUGCAGAGCCAGGGCUGGAGCACACCCCUGAACCAGAGCAAAGCCUCAAGCCAGAGCAAGAACCAAAGCCAGAACCUGAACCCGAACCAGAGCAAGCACCAGAGCCAGAACCAGAGAAAGUACUAGAGUCAGAACCUGAGAAAGAGACUGUUGCAGUGGAAUCUGCAGCAGAGGAACAAGUAGAAAAUGUUGAGCCAGAACCAAUUGUAGCCACAUCUGACAUUACUGAACUUGAGACCGUGGGAGCAGAAGUAGAUGCACCUGAGGUCUUGGAGACUGCAGCAGAAGAGGUCCCUGCUGAAUAUCAGCCUGUUGAAGAGAAAUCUGUUGCAACAGAAGCCUCCAGUACAAAGGCGGCAGCUGAGCCAGAAGCAGCAGAACCUGUCCCUGAAAUUGUCAUCUCAGAGUCUGUCUCUGCCAGCGAAAUUACUGCUGAGUCUGAAGAGGUAACUGAAGCCUCUGUGGAAGAGGUGCCUUGCCCAGAGCCUGAGGUAGAAAGCAAGAUGGAAAAUGGAAAUUUAGAGAGCCCUUCUGUUACAGAGGAUGUGGCAGAAGUAGAUGCACCUCCAGCUGUGAAUGGAGAGUGCACAGAUUCUGCUGCCGCACAGACAGAGGAAUGUGUUAACGGUGAUGAAAAGCCAGAGGAGAUGCCUAUCAAGGAGCAGAGUGACUUUGAACUGAAAAAGGAUGUGAACCUGAGUGGGGAUGUCCAGGAAGUUCCUGAUGCAGUCUCCAACAUGGUGGAGGGUCUCAACACUGAGGUCACCCAGGCAGUCUGAAAAGAAGCCAUCUUUCAAAUCGAUGUGAAUUCAGUUUAAUCCUCCGACUGUGCAAGAAAGCUAUCAAGGUAUCACACACAGCUAGGCUUUCUGAAAUGCUGUAAUCACCGCAAUGUCUAUAGUGGUAACUCAGGCAAAAGGAUGUUUUCUUUUGAGUAACCAAAAAUGAAAUGCAACCACUUGAGGAUAGAAAGAGAGAAAGACAGACAGACAGACAGACAGACAGAGAGAUAAGUGAGAUGGAAGUGCAGAGGAGACUUGAGUUUGGAAUUUGAGGGUGAGUGCAGACUGAAAGUGGACAGCAGAGAAAAAAUAUUGGACAGUAAAUAUGAUAUUAAUGAAUGAAAUGAAUACAUCUGUGUUUGUGUGUGAGCCCGAUGAAUAUUACAAAGUGGUUUAUUGGAACAGCAUUCAUUAUUAGUAUGUUAUCUGAUUUAGAAUGUCAUAUAUCCUUUCUAUUACUACAUGCAGACAUCUGACAUAAAUGUUUUGGCCUUUUCUAAUAAUGGUACCUGUGAGGACUGUUCAUUUCAAAUUGAUUGUUCGGAAUAGAGAAUAAAAAGAGAUUGUUAUAGCCUA